UCUCCUUGUUUUCCUCUUCUUCCAUGCAGGCUAGUUUAACCUGGCCUUCUCAGGCAUCAUCCAUAUCAACGAACACAUAUAGUUUACUCAGCAAACAAUCGAGUUUUCUCCCCGGAGGUUCACUUCUCAACUCGAAGUUCCCGCCGCGGCUGCCAUCAAAGCCAAUUCAUUCUCUUUCAGUCUCGGCCACAACAAAAAUCAAACCAGUUGAAUCAUCUGAUCUUAAGACCCAUAUAUCUAAUUUAGAGAAGUUGUUAGCUGAACCAUCUCAUGAUCAAGAACAAAUACAAGAACAGCAACCAGCAAUUGAGAAAACAAAUUCGAAAAACAAUUAUAAGCGAUUCUUAGAGGCAUUGAAUUUGUCAAGAAUGUGGCCAGAAAUGAUGAAACAAGAAGUAGAAGAGAAUCUGUCACCGAAACAGUUUCAACGGUUACUUUCACCGUCGCCGAAGUAUUCACCGAGGAACAGUUUAGCUAGCAGGUGGCCUGAAUAUCAUGGAAGUAAUGAUUGGGUAGGUCUACUUGAUCCACUAGACGAAAAUCUCCGGCGAGAAAUCGUUAGAUAUGGAGAAUUCAUACAAGCAGCUUACCUGGCUUUCCAUUCCGAUCCAGCUACGCCAACUGACCAAGCACCGGUGCAGCGUCAUGUAACAUUGCCAGACAGAUCAUACAAGGUUACCAAGAGUUUGUACGCCACAUCCUCUGUUGGAUUACCGCCGUGGUUUGAUGAUAAGAUACCUGAUUUGGGUUGGAUGACUCAGCGAUCUAGUUGGAUUGGUUACGUGGCGGUUUGUGAUGAUCAGAAAGAGAUCAAACGGAUGGGAAGAAGAGAUAUAGUUAUAGCUCUUCGGGGUACUUCUACGUGUCUGGAAUGGGCGGAGAACGUCAGAGAUCUCUUGGUUAGUGUCAAUGAUGAGCCGGAAGAGUCACCGGAACUCAGUCAAAUAUGUUUACAAGCUAAAGUGGAAUGUGGGUUUUGUAGUCUGUACAAGACUAGAGGAACUCAUAUACCAAGUUUAUCCGAGUCCAUAACUCAGGAAGUUCGGAGACUCAUGGAACUUUACCAAGGCGAGCCAUUGAGUAUUACAAUUACUGGUCACAGCCUCGGAGCUGCAUUAUCGGUGCUAGCGGCAGAUGAGAUAAAAAAGUCGGUCGCUGAUGCACCACCAGUGGCUGUUUUUACCUUCGGCGGACCACGAGUCGGCAACAGAGGUUUCGCAAAUAGGAUCAAGUCUAUGGGUGUCAAGGUGUUAAGAAUUGUAAAUUCGCAAGAUAUGAUCACUCGUGUACCUGGGAUGUUCGUAAACGAAACCCUUGAUUACAAACUAAGAGAAGAAGUUAAAGCAAACACAAUGCUAAACAUAUUGGAUAAUAACAUGCCGUGGGCAUACUCGCAUGUUGGUAGCGAGCUACGUCUCGAUAGUAAAAUGUCGCCAUAUCUAAAACCGAAUGCUGAUGUAGCGUGCUGCCAUGACUUGGAAGCUUAUUUACAUUUGGUGGAUGGAUUUUUGGCAUCAGAUUGUCCAUUUAGAUCAAAUGCAAAGAGAAGUUUGUUCAAGUUGUUGCAUGAGCAAGGUUCUAAUGUUAAAAAACUAUACAUAAAUAAAGCUAAGUCGUUGCAGGAAUUGAGUCCUGAACAGGGAAUUAGUAGUCCAUUAUCAUUGCAAAAUUGUUUGCGUAGUCCAUCAUCUUAUUAUUAA